AUGGAGAGAAUGAUUGAGAAGCAAACGAACCCGAUGUCAUCUCUUUGCAAAACCUCACCGGCGGCGGCGGCGGGGUUGGGUAUUCACCGGACGUCGACCCAACUGGUUAUAACCAAAGUAAAACCCAAGAUUCGCAUAAUUCAUAUAUUUGCGCCGGAGAUAAUCAAAACGGACGUUGCUAACUUCCGGGAACUGGUUCAAAGGCUGACUGGAAAGCCUAAUUCAGAAAGCAAAGGAGUGAAAAGAAAAGGUAGAGGAACAGAUAAUCCAUUUCCCACAAAAAGAGCGGCGGUGGCUGCAACAGGUGAAUUGACGAAGAAGAAAAUGGAAUUAUCUUCUUCAUGGGAGUACUAUAGAGAUAGAGUGAGUAAAUUGGAAAUGGCGGAUGAUCAAGAGAUGAUGAUGAUGAUGAGUCAGAAAAUGAAUGGAUCGAAUAAUAGUGGUGGUGGUGGUGGUGGUGGGUAUUUGGGUCAGUUUGCUGAUUUAGAUGGGUUGAUGCAAGAACUCAAUUGUAAUCAGUUUUUUCCCCUGUUUCCGACGGAGACGGCGUCUAAUUCUUCUGAUCAGGUGGACUCCGCCGUACUCGCCGGCCGGAGCCAUUAA